AUGGAGACGACCAUGCUCAACCCUCUCACCAGCAACAACACCGUCGUCAACCACCUGAUGGAGUACGCAGAUCACAAUCAAUACGUGUUCUUGGCGACCGUGUGCAUGGGGUGGUCGCGCGCGUGCGGCGGGCGGCCUGCCGUCACUCGAGCCGUAACCACCAGAACGCUGGUGUCCCAGCUAUCCUAUAGCUUACACUGUAGCCUCCCCGGAACCAAAGGAAUCUGCGCGACUGCCGCCAAGCUCGGCAGGCUAGAUCGCCUUCAGUGCACCAUGCUGAACGGUUGCCCGAUAGGGAAGAUGGUAUGUGCCGAGGCCGCCUUGCGCGCGCACCUUGGGAUCAUUUGGUGGGCGAGGACGUACGGCUCCGAGUGGGACGAGAGCACCUGCUCGGCUGCCGCCAGCGGGAGACACCUGAAAAUCCUCCAAUACUGUCGGGAGCACGGGUGCCCAUGGGACGCCGGAACAACCGCCUCAACCGCGCGGUGCGGGAGCUUCAGCGUGCGCAAGUGGGCCAGAGGAAAUGGUUGCGAUUGGGACGGAGACACAUGUACGUCCGCAGUCUUCGGAGGACAUUUCGAGAUCCUAGUGUCGUGCCGAGAACAAGGGUGCGGGUGGAGCGAAGAGACUGCCGCUGUCGCCGCCGCUCGGGGUCACGAAGACACAUAUAAGUCCGCAGCCUUCGGAGGACAUCUCGAGAUCCUAAUGUCGUGCCGAGAACAAGGGUGCGGAUGGAGCGAAGAGGCUGCCGCUGUCGCCGCCGCUCGGGGCCACUGGCGCGUUCUCCAGUUCUGUCUUGAGAAUGGGUUCCCCCGGGAUCCCGGCAAUGUUGAGAAGGAGACGGGACAGGAAACGGAUGGCGUAGCCGAAGGAUGUCCACCACCAGACGCAGAAAUGAGUACGGCCGGGCCCGAGCCAAUCCGGCAAAACUUUACAACGGCGCAGUCGUCGUCCCUUGAGAUGCACGACCCAACCCCUGAUGAGCUGGAGCGGGCCAGGAAGUACUGCGCAUUACAUGCGGUCAUCUACGGCGAUGACGCACCGCCCUUUGGAGAUCGAGGAGGCAUUGCUGAGCAAAGAUCCUUUUUUCAGCGAUGA